UUUUUUUUUUUUCUUUUUUCCCUUUUUUUCCCUUUUCUUUUUGUCUUUUUUCAUACAUUACCUUUUCUUUUUUUUUUUAAUACCUUAUAUACACGCAUAAACAUAUAAUUAAAUAUCAAUCUCUCUUCUUCCAUAUACGUUUCGUUUAUAUUCAUUUCUUCAUGUCUCAGUCACCUCCAUUACCUCCUGAUCUUACUUUGAAACGUAAACGAAAAAAGGUUUCUUUAGCUUGUGUGUUUUGUCGACGAUCUCAUAUGACAUGUGAUGAAGGACGACCUUGCCAACGAUGUAUUAAACGAAAUAUUGGAAAUAUGUGUCAUGAUGAACCAAGAUCCAAUCAUGGAAGAAAGAAAUCAAGUAAACCUACAUCUCCUUCUUCACAUACGCAGCAAAAACAACGAAAAUUACAACAGAAUGGAUUAAAUGAAAAUAAUGAUGACGAAGAAGAAGAUGAUGAUGAUAUGUAUGACGAUGCCAAUCCUUUAAAGUCUAAUAAUAAUAAGAAUAUGGCUACACCAUUACCAACACCACCCAACCAUCAACUAGAAGAUAUCGAUGAUUCUAUUCCAUUCAAUGAAAACAUUUGGGACACUCCAUCAUUUACAUUUGCCAGUGAAUCUAUGGGAAAUGAAUUGAAUGUUUUAAAUGAUUUCUUGGAUGAUGUAUCAAAAGGUUCGGAACAUUAUAAUAACAACAACAAUGAUGUGAGUACCAACAACGACAAUAAAGUAUCUACCAAAGAAAACUUCUUUUUGACUGCAGCUGAUCCAAAAGAUGGAAAAUUGGAAGAUCGAUUGAAUGAGGUGAUCAAUGCGAAAUAUGAAGCUGGCUUCUUGAAACCUUAUAAUUAUGUGAAUGGCUAUGCAAGAUUACAACGUUAUAUGGAUCAAUAUAUGUCACCAGACAGUAGACAACGUAUAUUGAAUGUCAUGGGAACAUUUCGACCUACUUUUAGAGAUGUUGCACAAUCACUGACUGAUGUUGAUCUUAUCUUGGUAGAAGAAGCUUUUGAACGACUGUUAUUGGAUUAUGAUCGAGUGUUUAGUGCUAUGGCCAUUCCAGCAUGUCUUUGGCGACGUACUGGAGAAAUAUACAAAGGAAAUAAAGAAUUUGCUACUUUGAUAGAUGUCUCUGUGGAUGAAUUAAGAGAUGGAAGAAUGUGUAUUUAUGAAAUCAUGGCUGAAGAAUCAACUGUGAAUUAUUGGGAGAAAUAUGGGAAUAUUGCUUUUGAUCCUCGACAAAAGGCUGUGCUUACUUCUUGUUUGAUUAGGCAUCAGAAAACACAAACAAUUAUGUCCUGUUGCUUCUCUUUUACAGUUCGACGUGAUAAAUAUAAUAUGACAAUCAUUGUUGGCAACUUUUUACCAAUUGAUAUUCAAAACUGAUACACCUUGAUUAUGAUAAUUUUUAUUAUGAUACCACCUCUAUCAUUCCCCUUUUUUUAUUUAUUUAUUCCUCCUCCACUUAGUUUUAGCUAUUCUUCUUCAACACUAUUGUACAUUCUUAUUUUUAUAUCACCCUUCUCUCCAUCCAGCUUAUGAGUCAUUAUCAUACAAAACAAAAAUAAAACGUAACUUACAAAUAUCAAAAAUUAUAUUG